GAGGGCGCAUAUUUAUCCUCCACACGCUUGUCUCCUGUUGUUAUGGUGACAAACUCACAAGUUUAAACAAGACUUCCGGAUUACAUUGGAUAACUCCGUAAAUACCUGUAUUUUUUGCUUGUAAGGAUGGCUUUGCAAGACAGUGACGACUUUCAAAGAUUUUUGAGCAAUGUUGACCAGAUAAGUGAGCUGGUGAAGGAGUUAAACUCCAGUGAUGGGUCCUGUCGGGAGGUUGCGAUUAAAAAGGCCGAUCAGUUAAUCGGCUCCCUGGAAGAGUUGAAACCAUGUAAAACCAAAAUUAAUAAGACAGCUAUAAACACAAAUCCCUCAUCUGAAAAUAGCCCACUGAAUAUCCAGUGUGAAUCUGCCCAAAAUCCAGAGAACUUCAUAAGAAUAUUAGAAAAAGAUGCAGAGGAAAGAAGUCAAAGAAGAAAGAUGAACGAGGACAAAGCUAAUGCAUUGAGGGAGAAUGGGAAUAAAGCGUUCGCUCGAGGUGAUUACGAAACAGCUGUCAGAUUUUACACUGAAGGGCUGGACCAGUUGCGAGACAUGCAGGCCCUGUACACGAACAGAGCUCAGGCCUUUAUCAAGCUAAAGAGAUAUAAGGAGGCCAUAAGUGACUGUGAGUGGGCUCUGAGGUGCAAUGAGAGGUGUAUCAAAGCAUAUGUGCACAUGGGAAAAUCACACCUAGCGCUCCAAAAUUUUACCGAGUCCAGGAUAUGCUAUCAAAAGAUUUUGGAGAUAGAGCCACAACGCGAGACCAUGGUCAAAGCCUAUUUGACCCAAGUGGAUUUGGAAGAGAAGGUGACUGGACAGGAAAAGGUGGCAUGGGAAGAGUUUCAAGAGGGGACCGAGCAGGCCACAGCAGUUCCAGAACUACUGAAAAAGCUCAGCCGACCAAAUGAGAUCAGUCUUUACUACUGUGGUGGAGUGGAGCUGCUCUCACGAGCUAUUAAAGACUGUACCGGGCAGACGUUAUUCAGAUUAAACAAUGGCUUCAACAUCAUUAAUGACAAUAACAUGGUAAAGAGCGGUCUUUCACAGAAUUUUAAACAACCAGAUUCGGUGGAUCUAUGCCUGUCUGUUAUCAAACUAUGGAGUAUUGUUUGUUGUGGAAACGAGCUGAACCAGCAGCUGUUAAUAGAGUGUCCCAAAGCACGAGAAUUCAUUAUACAGCUGUUGGCAUCACCAAUAGAUGACAUAUACCGGGAAUGCCUGAAUUUGCUCAGCAUGUACUCCCAGACUCCAUACGGAAGGGAGUUACUUAUCAACAACCUACAUGUAAAUCAAAUGGCAGAGACCCUGAUGGGCUGCAUUUGCCGAGAUGCCAGCUCACCCUCUGCAUUGGCGGUUCUGGAGAACUUAGCUACAGAAAACAAAUUUAAGAUUCAGUCAAGGGAUAACUUCAUUGCAAUUUUUGCCCUUCCUUUUGAGCAUAUGCUGUCAAACAUUGUGACGGCUAACCACAAGACGCUGGCUACCUUAAUCUCAGUGAUAGGAAGUUUGGCUCUGGACGAUGCCAUUGGUAUAAAGAUGGCCAACCGUGAAGAAUUUUGGAGAUGUUCUCUCCAUGCCAUGGAGCAGCACAUUGGCUGUGAAUGUGAAAGUGUCCUAUAUCCACUUCUGGGUUUAAUGAUCAACCUAGCCUCACAUCCCUUUCAAAUGAUUCAGGAACUUGCUGUUCUGACCAGCAGCAGGUGCUUGGAACUGCUGUGCGAUCCCCACGGAGGCAUCAUCACAAGAGUGGCAGGUUUGCUGAGUGCCCUCCUUCCGACAUCUCGUGCCGCCACUCAGGAAGUUGUGCAGAAUGGGAUAGUGAAAAGAUUGCUGAAGAUUUUAAAGGUAGGGGGAGAGAUGAGCUCCAGAUAUUCCAUUAAAGCCCUGGCAGUCUGCACUGCCUCUAUACCACAGGCCUGUGAGGUGCUGGUUAAGCUUGACAAGAGACUGCACACCUUGAGAAAACUUCUGGGCGGUAUUGAUGAGGUGGUGGCAGGGAACGCAGCUCUGUGUAUUGGGCAUUGCUUAGAAGUAGACGGAGCUGCCAGUGGCCUCCUGGGCACAGACUGUGUAUCGCUGCUGCUACGCCACGCUGCCGGGGAUGCUAAGAGAGUGCCUGUCAAGCAGAAUGCAGCCAUCACUCUUGGGAAGCUGUGCAAAGCAGAGCCCAGGCACAUGGUGAAACUCAGGGAGCUUCAUGGUUUAGAAAUCCUUCAUGCCUGUGCGAGAUUAAUCACAUGAUGUUCAACCCUCCUUUGGUUCUUCAGUCACGACCGGACCUCAUAACUCAGGGCAUGCAUGCAAACACAUGCACGCACAUAUGUACACACGCAUGCAUGCACACACAGAAUGAAUGCUGCCCUUCACAGCUACCAUCUUAAGUGAGGUUACAAAUUACCGUCAUGUGUUAAGUCCUAUCUAGACUAUGCAGCUGUUUCCUGUUUUUACUGUAAUUAAAGAGAAUUAAUUUUGACAUGUGACUUUGUUAUCCGCUGCGUAGUGAACAUUUUGCCUUAGGACGAUAUUCAAAACGUUGAAAUUUCCUUUUAUCCAAAAUGACUCACUUGGAAAGUGUGCUGCUUUGAUUGCAACAUUUCUGUUUGUUGAUAAAUGGAUUAACGGCAGCUUUCAUGUACAUGAAUAAAAAUGAUUAAUAAAACUAAAUUUCAAGAUAAUUAUAGUUAAAGUUCCCUCAUCUAUGCAGACUUUUGAAAGUGUUUGAUAAUGUAAAAAGUAAUAUUGUUACAAUUCAAAUUACAACUGAUCCGAAGAGAGUCAGUGAUUUUGGGACAGGGAUUCAAGAAAAGACAGCAAUAUAGGAAUCAAUAGUUUGAUGCACUACUGACACACAAUUUUAAAAGUUCUCCAAACAGUUUCAAGUUAAAUCAAUGACAUUUAAGCACUGAAGUGUCCUGUUAUACAGGCUGAUGUCAAAAGUCAAAGAGACAAAGAGUGACUUAAAAUGUGUGGGUUGUUUCUCUGACUCUUUAUUGUUGUUUACAGACUCUAGAGGUUACAACAGAGAUGGCUGUGAUUUCCCAAGACACCUAUUUUAGUGAUAGCUGUCAGGUAGUAGGGACAGUGUAUGCAUGACAAAUAUUUAGGCAAAAGUUGCUUACACUGCCUUUAAUAUUGUAGAGUACAUUGAAGAUGUUACCAUCACUUGAUAGACCUUUCUUUUGUAGGCAUUUAAACAUUUAGUUUGUGGAGCAGAAUGGGAUAACUGUCUUUUAUGGGGUAAAUAUUAAUAUUAAUUUGUUUUGCGUUGUUUUAUAAAAAACAGUACGCUGUUUAAUAAUGGAUGAGUUAAACCUCUUCAUAGCGGCUCAGACAAUCCGCUACAUGCUUGUAAAAUAACACCAAGUCAAACAUGAUGAAAGUGACGAUCGAUUCUACAGACACACAAAUCCAUUUUAUUAUUAUGUCAAUAAUCUAAUCUGUUUGUAAAUGGCUAGAGAAAAGGAUAAAGCUCACAGACUGCUGAAAAUAAUUGGUGUCCUGUUGGGACAGACAUCUGCGUUGUACAGCUUUACAAGAGACCAAGGAAGAAGCUUAAAUAUGGGGACACAGUUUAUUUAUUUCUUUGUUUUAACAUUUAACCCCACAUCAGAUACAGUAGCACAUUAAAAGCAUUUAAUGAUUUAUGGCUUCACCACCCAGAUAUUUAUUUCCAAUAACUCAUGAUACAUAAAGACUAAUGGUUUAUUUGUUUAUGUCAGGUAAUCUAUACUUUUGGUACUAAAUUUGCUUUUCAAAAUAAUGUGCAGAUUGUACAAUUUUUCAUAACAGAUGACAUAUUUGUGUUUAUAAAACACUUAAUUAUUCAUUUUUCAUAUAUAGGGCUGAUGUCACUUAAUCACUUGUCUUUGUAAUGUUUUGGAACAAAGCUUAUUUAAGCAAUAAUUCUAAUUGUGCAACACUGCGCUUUUUGAUGUGUUCGGUCGUAAAAUGUUAUUGCUUUUCAAACCGCCUUACAUUAUCUGUAUUUAUGUGUGUUUUACUUGUACGCUUGCAGUAAAAGUUGCACCUCUGGCUUUUCUUCAGUCAGUGCUAAUAGGAGGACCUGCAAGCCUAUUCAUCCAUGCAAAAGACCUCUUGCCGAAAACAACUCCACUCGCAGCGAUGGGAAAGCUUCUACUCAAAUCAUCUAACUAUAGCCGUAAUCAGUUCUCCAGGGACAGGUCGCUGGUUUGAGUCUCAUUGCUAGCGGGUUGCGGCUGAGGUGCCCUUGAGCAAAGCACCCUUUGCUCAGUUCCUCCCCAGGCACUGCAGUAAUAGCUCCCCACUGCUCCAGUGGAAGCUUGGCAACAACUGUCGCACAAGCACUAGGGUCCUUUGGUGACAAGAAUUGGGCAUGUCCAGCGAUUUGAGAAAGAUGGGAAAAGUUAAAACGAGGAGUGACUUUUUCAGGAGUGAGGAGGAGAUGUUGAAGGAAGG